AUGGUGCUGGCAGUGGGAGCUCUUCAACUAGGUUCUCGCUGGAAAUCAACUUCGAACAGCGGCAUAGUUGGAGGCGGGCUGAACAACACCUACCGUAAGGAAGUUACUCAAAAUCCCAUGCAGCUGAUUCUACUCCUAAGCCAUACGGCGACUCGACACAUCACAUCAUCCACUAUAUCCGCGAUGCCCAGAAAGUUUCAUAUCCAUCGCUUAAAUUCCAUCUCGCGGCCAAGGGUUCGCUCCGACCGCUGGGCCGCGAAGUGUCUUCCCUCCCAUACAUUCUUCUCCAAUGUGAUCAUCAUGCUCCAUGCUUGGGUCGGCGCGGGCUGGAUUAUUCUCUUUUUGAAAGGGAUGGACGAGGCCCAAGGCAUCUUGCGACAAGACACAGGUCUUUUGUAUUUGAAAGGACCUUAUGCCCCGCCCCAGCCAUCCUUAAGAAACAUAGACGACCGACGAACUCCUAAUAGCGCCUAUCGAGACAAAGUUGCCAUGUGCUAUUCGGCAGAGAGCAUUGCAAUCUCCGCUAAGGACAUUCAGCACAUCACAGGCAUGGCACCAAAUCUUCUCAUCCCCGAACGGAAGUCCCUGGAGAUCACUCGAAUCACAUACCCAAGUCGCCGAACUACCAAGACGAGUCUAUCAUCUAAAUACGAAGAAGACAUACCGGGCGCCUUUUCCAACUCCCGAGUAGCUCGAGCGCUGUACACCACUGACGACACACAGGUGAACUAG